CGGGAGUGAGUGAGGCGGCCUCCGCAGGGGCGGCCGGGGGGCUUCCCCUUGGUCCCUUCUCGGCCCCUCCGCGUGGGGAGGGCAAAGUCCGCGGGGCGAGGAGAUGAUCGAGAUGGCGGCCGAGAAGGAGCCCUUUCUGGUGCCGGCCCCGCCGCCGCCGCUCAGAGAUGAGUCGGGCGGAGGGGGCGGCCCCGAGGUGCGGCCGCCCCGGGACGGGACGGAACGCGGGCCGGGCCCACGCGCGCCCUCGGCCGGCGGCGGCAGCGGAGGGGGCGGCCCCCAGGCCCAGGCGCCCGGGGAGCCCCGCGGGGAGGAGCGCCGGGGAGGGGGCGGGACGGACCUGGGCCCCCCGGCCCCUCCUCGGCCCCGCAAUGGCUACCAGCCCCACCGACCCCCCGGGGGUGGCGGGGGCAAGAGGAGAAAUAGCUGUAACGUCGGGGGAGGCAGCGGUGGCGGCUUCAAACAUCCGGCCUUCAAGAGGCGCCGGCGGGUGAAUUCGGACUGCGACUCGGUGUUACCCUCCAAUUUCCUUCUGGGGGGCAAUAUAUUUGACCCGCUGAACCUGAAUAGCCUCCUGGAUGAGGAAGUCAGCCGAGCGCUCAAUGCGGAGACCCCAAAGUCAUCCCCACUUCCGGCCAAGGGGCGAGACCCUGUGGAGAUCCUCAUCCCCAAAGAUAUCACUGACCCGCUCAGUCUCAACACUUGCACUGAUGAGGCCCACGUAGUUCUUGCCUCGCCACUCAAGAUUGGUCGCAAGCGCCAUAGACACCGGGGACCGCACCACCAGCAGCAGCAGGCACCUGGAGGGAACGAUAGCCACGCCGUGCUGCCCACUGACCCUCUCACCCCCUCACUCCACGGGGAGGGUGCCACGCAGCAGCAGCAGCAGCAGCAGCAGCACCGGGACCGGGGCCUGAACCGAGAUGCCCCUCAACCUUAUGAACUCAACACAGCCAUCAACUGCAGGGAUGAGGUUGUGUCUCCCCUUCCCUCUGCCCUGCAGGGCUCCUCAGGCUCCCUUUCUGCCCCUCCAGCUGCCUCAGUUACCUCUGCACCUUCAUCUUCCUCCUCCCGACAUCGCAAACGUCGCAGGACUUCCAGCAAGUCGGAGGCAGGGGCUAGGGGUGGAAGCCAGGGUUCCAAGGAGAAGGGCAGAGGGAGUGGGGGAGGCCGUCAUCAUCACCCACUACCUGCCACUGGCUUCAAAAAGCAGCAGCAAAAGUUCCAGUAUGGGAACUACUGCAAGUACUAUGGUUAUCGCAAUCCUUCCUGCGAGGACGUGCGCCUUAGGGUAUUGAAGCCCGAGUGGUUUCAAGGCCGGGACGUUCUAGAUCUGGGCUGCAAUGUUGGCCAUCUGACCCUAAGUAUUGCCUGCAAGUGGGGCCCAGCCCGUAUGGUGGGGCUGGACAUUGAUCCACGGCUUAUCCAUUCUGCCCGCCAAAAUAUCCGACACUACCUGUCUGAGGAGCUUCGUCUCCAAGCCCAGACUUCUGAGGGUAACCCAGGGACAGAGGGGGAGGAAGGGACUACCACUGUCCGAAAAAGGAGCUGCUUCCCAGCCUCACUGACAGCCAGCCGGGGUCCCAUCGCUGCACCCCAAGUGCCCUUGGAUGGAGCAGACACAUCUGUCUUCCCCAACAAUGUCGUCUUCGUCACGGGUAACUAUAUCCUGGACCGAGAUGAGCUGGUGGAUGCCCAAAGACCUGAGUAUGAUGUGGUGCUCUGCCUCAGCCUCACCAAGUGGGUGCACCUGAACUGGGGUGACGAGGGGCUGAAGCGCAUGUUCCGCCGGAUCUACCGCCAUCUGCGCCCUGGGGGCAUUCUGGUCCUGGAGCCCCAACCAUGGUCCUCCUACUGCAGGAGAAAGUCUCUGACGGAAACAAUCUAUAAGAACUACUUUCGAAUCCAGCUGAAGCCAGAACAGUUCAGUUCUUACCUGACAUCUCCAGAGGUGGGCUUCUCCAGCUAUGAGCUUGUGGCCACACCGAGUAACACCUCCAGAGGCUUCCAGCGUCCUGUGUACUUGUUCCACAAGGCCCGUUCCCCCAGCCACUAAGUGGCCUUCUGAACAGAAGGUGUGAAGAGGCUGCCCUUGCUGCUCCUGAGGAUCUGGGGGAAGAGGAAAUUAUCCCAAGGUCUUUCCUGUCUAACUCCAAAAAGUUUCCUUUCUUGGAUCUGUAAAGAGAGCUUUUCUUAAGUUGCUUCUCCCAAGUUUUCUCCCUGACACCUCUGGCACUUGAGUAAGGCCAGCUGUGCUGGAAUUACAUCAGCUUCCUCUCCCAGCCUGCUGGGCUGGAUGGCAUGGACUGUUUGCUGACUGUCCUCCUAGGGCAUGGGAAGGGAGAAUGUCCAGUGUUCUAGGCCCUUCCUCCUGCUCUCCAAAGGAGAGUCCUGCUUCUCAGCCUUUGUUCCUAGCUGCACUUAAGUGGACCAUGGAUGGACUAAGGGUGUUAGAGGGGAAGUUUGGUGAGGAGACACAGGUCCUGUGAAAACCCUUCUUUCUGCUGUCCCCUGUGGGAAAAGGGCUGGUUUGGAAUGUGAGAACAGCACAAUAAACUUGACAGCUAGGGCAGUGGCCCUGCACCUGUGUCCGCA